AUGGCCGCAGUGGGAUCAGGGCCAUCAGGGCCACAGUGGGAUCAGGGCCAUAGUGAGAUCAGGGCCACAGUGGGAUCAGGGCCACAGUGGGAUCAGGGCCACAGUGGGAUCAGGGCCACAGUGGGAUCAGGGCCAUCAGGGCCACAGUGGGAUCAGGGCCACAGUGGGAUCAGGGCCAUCAGGGCCACAGUGGGAUCAGGGCCAUCAGGGCCACAGUGGGAUCAGGGCCACAGUGGGAUCAGGGCCACAGUGGGAUCAGGGCCAUCAGGGCCACAGUGGGAUCAGGGCCACAGUGGGAUCAGGGCCAUAGUGGGAUCAGGGCCACAGUGGGAUCAGGGCCAUCAGGGCCACAGUGGGAUCAGGGCCAUCAGGGCCACAGUGGGAUCGGGGCCAUCAGGGCCACAGUGGAAUCAGGGCCAUCAGGGGCACAGUGGGAUCAGGGCCAUAGUGGGAUCAGGGCCACAGUGGGAUCAGGGCCAUCAGGGCCACAGUGGGAUCAGGGCCAUCAGGGCCACAGUGGGAUCAGGGCCAUCAGGGCCACGGUGGGAUCAGGGCCAUCAGGGCCACAGUGGGAUCAGGGCCAUCAGGGCCACAGUGGGAUCAGGGCCAUCAGGGCCACAGUGGGAUCAGGGCCAUCAGGGCCACAGUGGAAUCAAGGCCAUCAGGGCCACAGUGGGAUCAGGGCCAUCAGGGCCAUAG